AUGGAGGGGCUUCAUUACUUCUCGUCCAGAGGCCUGGAUGGGCCCGGAUACGUCGUCGCGAGAGAUUUGAACGAAGUUAGUAUGGCGUACCAACUCGUUCCUCGAGACGGCAAGUGUAUUCAAUGCGAUGAAAACACCCAACUUGAAUGCCCUAACUGCCCCGAAGGCAGUGAAUGCCGAUUUACCGUACCCCUCGAGUGUCAGAAGUGCCCUACAUCAUUCUGCGACGAGAAGUCUGCAUCCCAAUCCAGCAAAAGCUCUGACGGCCCAAACAUCGGCGGAAUUGUUGGUGGUGUUGUCGGUGGUGUCGUCGUGAUCGUCGCCAUCACAUAUCUAGUAUGGAGGUUCUGUGUCCGACCCAAGAGGUCACAGAUUCCCACUUCCAUCUACGUUGAAGACGUGGAUGCCCCUCAAGGCUCAGAGAAGGAUGCUGCCUCAAGGGGAACCCGACCACCCUCAACACACACCGUUCACUCGAUCGCUUCCACCGUCCUCACCCGAGCCUCCAACAUUAUUCAGAUCGCCUACAUUCCCGGCGUUACGAACCGAGCGACUCCUACAUCACCAAAUGUUCUUGUCCCCCCCGUUCCUCCGAUCCCUAUGCACCACGCCGCGGCCGCCCGAGGCGAAGGAAACGACGACCAGCAUUUCUUUGUUCCCGGUGACCUCCGAGACUCAACCUACUCGGGUCUUUCUGGCUACUCUGACCGAACCUCAUACGCCCGCACUUCAUACGCACCUCGAUCGAGCGUUGCUUCUACCAUCUACGGAAAGCAGGCCCAGGUGCUCACGCCCGCCCAGACUGGAAUGCGCGCCAAGCCCACAGUUGUCAGUGUUAAGUCCGUUGGCAACAGCAGCGUCGAGAGCAAUGCUCCCCCGGUUCCCAGCAUCGACUUUGAGAAGUUCGGCGGAGGUCGUCCCAAGAGCGGUGCCAGCGCCUUCAGCGUCGGGUCGACAUUCCUCAACAGCGCCAACACUGCUACGCAGGCUCGUGCACAGGUGGUCAAGGUUGGAACACUCAAGAAGGUGGAUAUGGGAAGCAACAAGUCCGAGACGGGCUCAACAACAGCAUCAUCAUCAGUGGGAACCUCGCGGCCCACAACACCAAGCGCGAACGCUACUCGAGACUCGAGUGCCAUCACCAUCAUCGAAGACUCUCCCUCAGUAGACCAAGGACCCUUCUCAGACCCUCCCGACCGACCCAGCCCUCAAAAGUCCAACAAGGCGCCCAGCCUCGGGGCUGUGAUUGAGGAGUCGGCAGUCGAGAACGAGAAGCCUGGGUCCUCCCAAAGGCGAGACAGCAGUCCGUUCGGGGACCAGCACGCGACAAAGGAGUGA